AUGACGUGCACUAAAGAAGAAAUAGAAAGAAAACGCUUAGCUGCUCUAGAAAAGAGACAAAAUAAGUUAAGCAAGAAUCCAGCUGGAAAGCCUUUUGUAUCUGAAAGAUCUAAUUUUGGACCUGUGAGAAGUACUAGUGAGAAUAGGGCUAAUAUUGGUUUCCAUCCUUAUGCAAAUAGAGGAAACAUACAUACUGCUGAAAAUGUAUUAACAACUUUUACUAAAUCUUUAACUGUAACCUGUAAUCGUAACCAAAAUAAUUUAAGCCCCACUACUGACAAAUUAUCAGGACAAUUUAUAGAACAGCCUAAUUCUGACAGUCAUAAAGCAUUAAAUCCUAAUACUAUAAGGUUAGGUCCAACCCCAAGCCAAAGUCAAGGUGUCAGUGUAAAAGUUUAUUUGAUAUCUGAACAUAGGUUUGAGGUAUCCAUAUCUGAAUUUUGUAUACCACUUAUUAAUAUUUUUAAGACUAUACCAUCUGGAACCUUUGAUACAGGAUCAAAACUAUGGAGUUUUUGCAUUGAUGAUUAUCAGAGCUUUAUAUCAAAAGUUGCUUCCCUGGAACCACAAGUAACAAUAGCUUCAUUACCAUCAUUUGUUUUAAAGAUACUUAAAUAUCCAAUUCUGGAUCCUGAUAACGUGGAUUUAACACCAAUAGAGGAAACUGUAAGAAAUAAAUUGAUGCCAUUCCAAGAAGAUGGAGUAAGGUUCGCAAUAGCACGUCAAGGCCGCUGUCUGAUUGCCGAUGAAAUGGGCCUCGGGAAGACAUUCCAGGCUCUAGCGAUAGCGAGCUAUUACAGACCGAACUGGCCUUUACUUAUCAUUACUACGUCAUCUAUGAGAGAAACAUGGCAAAGUAAAAUUCACGAAUUACUACCGUCUGUGCCUAUGUCGAACAUCGCGUUGUUAGCUAGCGGCAAGGACAGCCAGCUGGUUGCCGACAAACAGACUGAAGUUGUCAUAAGCAGUUACAAGAUAGCAAGUACUCACAAGGAAUUAUUACAGAAAAAGAAGUUUGGCGUCGUCAUUGUAGAUGAAUCUCACUAUUUAAAGUCUUACAAAGCACAAUGCACGUCCGCCCUGAUGAGUAUAGGCAGUAAAUGUGCGCGCGUCAUAUUGCUCAGUGGAACACCAGCUUUAAGUCGACCCUCGGAACUGUAUACGCAAUUGGCCCUCAUAGAACCGAGUGUUUUUAAUUCGUAUAACACAUAUAUACAAUUUGGCGUUAGAUACUGUGACGGGAAACAGACGAGCUUUGGAUGGGACAUGUCGGGCACCUCACACCUGCCGGAGCUGCAGGCCAUACUGCGGAAGAGAUUUCUCAUACGAAGGAGUAAAAUCGAAGUGCUCACCGACUUGGGUGAAAUUACAAGGGAGUCUGUAUAUUUGGAUCAAAAUCUAUUAAACUACGCAGAAGUAGAUGAAAAGUGUUUAUCGCAAAUGGCCGAAACGUAUAAGAAGUCGACGUCGACGGCCAAGCACGCCGCCCUCAUCACUUACUUCAGUAAAACAGCUGCCGUGAAAAUACCUGCUGUAUGCAAGUAUAUAAAGCAGACGUUAAAAGAGUACGACGGCAAGUUCCUAGUGUUCGCACAUCAUCGCAACAUGAUCGAGGCGAUAUGCAACACGUUGAUGGAGACCCACACUGAAUUUAUUUGCAUCGUGGGAUCUACGCCCGCUAAUAUGAGAGCCGAGCUGGUGUCGCGGUUCCAGGUGUCGCGGGGGGUGCGCGCGGCCGUGCUGUCCGUGACGGCGGCGGGCGCGGGGCUCUCGCUCACGGCCGCCGCGCUCGUGCUCUUCGCCGAGCUGCACUGGAACCCCGGCGUCCUGACGCAGGCGGAGGCGCGCGCGCACCGGCUGGGCGGCGGCGCCGUGGUGGCGCGCUACCUGCUGGCGCGCGCCUGCGCCGACGACGCCGUGUGGCCCAUGCUGUGCGGCAAGCUGCACGUAUUAAAUGACGUCGGUCUCACGGGAGAAACCUUCGAGGACACCACCGUCAAGCAUCAGGAAAGCAAAAGCAACAUUACAAAUUACUUAUCUCCGAAACCCACUAAAAAUAAAAACGACUUUAUACCUGGAACUAAUAUACGUAAAUCUGCUGUGAAUAUAAAAACAGAGCCAGUCACACCAACAAAUUCACAAACAGGCUCCAAAACAAACACGCAAAAUAAAGAGACAAAGUCAACAGACUCGGAGACUUUUGAUGAAAUAGAUGAAUUCAUUUUGAACUACGACGAAGAUGACGACCUUUUAGCGGGAAUUGACAUGGAUAUA